UAGAAAACAACGCACCUUUAUAUAGCCAUGGUCUCUGCAUCCGUACUUCCCUCUCUUGAAGAAAUAUCUAGCAAUAUAAUGGAUCAGGAAAAUCUACCUCCAGGGUUCAGGUUCCAUCCAACUGAUGAAGAAUUAAUCACAUAUUAUCUAAGUAACAAGGUUUCUGAUUUCACCUUCACUUCUAGAGCCAUUGCUGAUGUUGAUCUCAACAAAUCUGAGCCUUGGGAUCUCCCAGCGAAAGCGUCAAUGGGAGAAAAGGAAUGGUAUUUCUUCAGCCUUAAAGAUCGCAAGUAUCCAACAGGCCUUCGCACUAACCGAGCUACAGAAGCAGGCUACUGGAAAACAACAGGCAAGGAUAAGGAGAUUUAUCGUGGUGGAUCAGUCCUAGUUGGGAUGAAGAAAACUUUGGUUUUCUACAGAGGGAGAGCUCCUAAGGGUGAAAAAACCAAUUGGGUUAUGCAUGAGUAUAGGCUAGAAACCAAGCUUGGUUUCAAACCUUCUAAGGAGGAAUGGGUAGUUUGUAGGGUGUUCCACAAAAACUCAACUGCGAAGAAACCACAACCAACAUCAUCAUCCCAACAAUCUGAUCAAGAGUCUCCUAAUUGUGACACUUACACAUUAGCAAAUGAGUUUGGGAAUAAUAUUGACCUACCAAGUUUCAACGGCGCCAAUAUUCCUUUACAGAAUUACACCAAUCAUGAGAACAUGAAUAUCAUGAACUUGACAAGCACUAGUACUCUUCCAUUACUACCUGCAGCUUGGUCUUCUAACCUGCUAAGCUCAAAUAAUCUUCCAUCAGUGAAUUCUUUGCUCCUUAGGGCAUUACAAUAUAGGGGUAAUUAUAAUCAUCAGCCAAGUGAUAAUCAAGCUACAAUUACUAGUACCGGUUACCCGUUUAACAUUCAAUCACAAGGUACUAUUUCUCAUUUUGGGAUUGAUUUUAACCCCUUGGAGGGGCCUUCUUCCUCUGUUGUACUAGAUCCUCUUCAGCAACAACAGCCACAGGAGCAAUCAUACAAAUUGGACUCAAAUAUUUGGGAGUAACUUGUUACUGUGUUGACUUAAUUUAGGGGUUGCCCCUAGUAAGUUUCAAAUAACAUGACUAUUCUCAGUGUCGAUCCUCUUGUCACAAAAAGUCACAUUUCAGGUAACCAGUAAUAACUAGGUGUUUUCAUAUUUAUAGUAAAUUUCGCAAGUCCAUAUGUAGGGCAAGGUGUAGUUCAUAAACAAGCAAGAAAUUUCUGGAUUCAUGUUAAUUAAGCUAGUGUAGUCAGCUGUAAUUGACUUGGGAAAAUCCCUAUAGUCGCUAUUUUACGUAUCUUUUAUUCAAACGAGCUCCAUAUUUGCAUUUGUAUAACACAA